ACCAACUGGCCUCAGAUAUUCAGAGGAGAGACAAUCACCCUCACAUGUGAGAUCCAGGGAGGUGGACCAUCUUGUGCAGUUCCCAAACCAGACAGUGAUGCAGCUGCUCAGGAUGCUCUCUAUGGUCCCUCUCACACUUUUCUGUGUGUGCUGUUGUUGACCUUGUUGGAUACACUCCUCUACUGUGGACAUGCUCAAGAUAAACCCAGGGCCACACUGACAUCAGGACCAACAACCAUACCAGUAGGAGGCAGAGUGACACUGACCUGCUCUGUGGAGCCCUCUGCUGGAUGGAAAUAUGACUGGUUCAGACGUAGCACAGACAUCUCUGAAGUUCAAGUCAAAACAAAUGAUGCAGAAAACAGAGAUAUGAGUAGGAAGAAGAGAGAACCAGUUUACUACACUGAUCACAGUGAUCCAGUCACCAUUGAGAUAACCUUUCCCAACAAGGCUGUUGUAACACGACAACACAACUGGCCUCAGAUAUUCAGAGGUGAGAAGAUCACUCUGACAUGUGAGGUCCAGGGAGGUGAAGACACUGAGUGGAUAUAUGACUGGAGGACACCCAGGUCAUCUACACACUGGACAGACAAUAAAUACUGGACUUUCACUGCUUCUGAGUCCAGCAGUGGAGACUACAUGUGUAGGAGUAGACUCAGAGAUGACUCAUAUUCUUCAACAGAGUGGAGUGAAGCCAUCACACUGUCAGUAUCUGGUAAACAACCUGUCCUCUCUGUGUCUCCAUCAUGGCUGAGUCCUGGAGCCUCAGUAACUAUCUAG